CCGGAGCGAGUGAAGGCAAGAGGGGGGGAUUAUUCGGCGCUAUCGAAAUAUUUCAACACGUCGCGCUCUCGCUGCAGGACUGAAGCCAAUAAGAAGGAGCCCAUUUUAACAGGAAUGCCGAUAUUGUAAACAGCGGAGGAAGAGAGGAGAAAGAAUGCGCCGCGGUCAAUUAAGAGACUCACCCCUGUUGGUUUGAUUCGAACUUAAUGUCCGAAAGGAGCAGAAAGGUGUCCCGAUGCGCGUCAGCCUCCGGAGAAAAUCGGCGUCGCAGCGCUCCUGAAGAUUAAUGGAGAUCAUUUUUGCUGUUUUGCUUUGCGGACUUUUGAUUAAAACUUAACAAAUGCCCGAAACUUGUCACAAUUAGUGGAUGUUUGUUGGCGUCGUGCUGAAGGAGGAGUUAUAAUUUCUUACUUCUUUUCUUUGCUUUUUUUUUUUUCUUUAUAAUUUGACUCAACUUGCUGCUUCUAUCACGCAAAGUACGAUAUUUCCAGAAAAAUCGCCGUUUCGCUUAACAACUCUGUAUCUGCUGCCUGCACUUGGAUGAACUUCCUGAUGAGAGAUCCAGUCAUACAGGGAUCAAGUAUGGCAUAUCAUCCGUUUAUACCUCACCGGGGUCCGGAAUUUGCCAUGAGCGCAAUGCUUGGUCACCAGCCUCCGUUCUUCCCGGCCCUGGCCCUCCCUCCCAGCGGUUCCCUGUCUCUGCCGGGCGCGCUGGGGAAGCCGAUCAUGGACCAGCUGAUGGGAGCCGCGGAGACCGGCCUGCACUUCUCGCUAGGACACCAGGCUGCGGCCGCGCACCUCAGGCCUUUGAAGACUCUGGAGCCCGAGGAGGAGGUGGAGGACGAUCCCAAAGUUCACCUAGAAGCCAAGGAGCUCUGGGAACUCUUCCACAAAAAAGGCACGGAGAUGGUGAUAACUAAAUCCGGAAGGCGGAUGUUUCCUCCGUUCAAAGUGAGGUGCACCGGUCUGGACAAGAAGGCCAAGUAUAUCCUCCUGAUGGACAUCGUCGCAGCCGACGACUGCAGGUACAAGUUCCAUAACUCCCGCUGGAUGGUGGCGGGGAAGGCCGACCCCGAGAUGCCAAAGAGGAUGUACAUCCACCCAGACAGCCCCGCCACGGGUGAACAGUGGAUGUCGAAAGUGGUGAACUUCCACAAGCUCAAGCUGACAAACAACAUCUCCGACAAGCAUGGAUUUGUAAGUUCAACUAAUACCAUUCUCAAUUCCAUGCACAAAUAUCAGCCUCGCUUUCACAUCGUAAGAGCCAACGACAUCCUCAAGCUCCCAUAUAGCACCUUUAGGACCUAUGUUUUCCCAGAAACGGACUUCAUAGCCGUGACUGCAUAUCAAAAUGACAAGAUAACCCAGCUAAAAAUCGACCAUAACCCGUUUGCCAAAGGAUUCCGUGACACCGGCAAUGGGAGACGGGAAAAAAGGAAACAGCUGGCUCUGCAGUCCAUGCGAUCCUACGAGGAGCAGCAGAAAAAGGAAAACGGCGCUUCAGACGACUCCUCCGGCGAGCAGGCUUCUUUUAAGUGCUUCGGCCAGGCCUCAUCCCCUGCCGUGUCCACAGUGGGCCCCCCACACCUGAAAGAUUUCUGUGAUAGUGAGGAGGAUAGUGACGACGAGAGCAAGGAUGGCAACCACAAAGACGGUGCAGACUCCAGUAAGAUCUCCACCACUACGGGGGACGGAAAGGAUCAUGAGACCAGCCCGGCUAAGGGACAUCCCUUCAGUAGCAGCAACUCCACAGGCAGGAGAACUGAGAAAAGCCAGGCAGACUCUCGGCAGAGUCCCAUCACCGUCAUCUCCAGCACCACGCGUUCUGGGGAAGAUCUCAAGAGCCCUAACUUGGACCAGUCCAAAACGGACGAAUGUAGGUCAAUGAGCAAGGACAGCUUCAUGCCUUUGACUGUUCAAACUGACAGCAUGCACAUGGGCCACAACCACUUGCAUAACUUUGGAUUUCCAACGGGCCUGACAGGACAGCAGUUUUUCAAUCAUCUGGGGAGCGCGCAUCCAUUUCUCUUGCACCCCGGUCAGUUCAACAUGGGGGGCGCAUUCUCGAACAUGGCCGCUGGAAUGGGACCCUUACUGGCAGCGGUGUCUUCAGGAGGAGUAAGCACCAUGGACACAACCAGCAUGGCAUCGCCUCCACAGAGCUUGACAGGGGCACCAGGCCUUCCCUUUCAUCUGCAGCAGCAUGUCUUAGCAUCACAGGGCCUUGCCAUGUCACCGUUCGGCAGUUUGUUCCCCUAUCCCUACACCUACAUGGCAGCAGCGGCCGCCGCUUCCUCUGCAGCCUCCUCCUCGGUGCACCGACACCCGUUUCUGAACGCUGUGCGCCCCCGCCUCAGGUACAGUCCUUACUCCCUCCCCAUGACGAUGCCCGACAGCACGCUCCUCACCACCGCCGUGCCUCCCAUGUCUAGCGGCGGAGGGGGCGGCGGAUUACCCGAAAUGAAAGCGGACGGGCUGGUCUCGGCCAGCCCCGCGGUCACCCUGGACUCCACCUCGGAGGUGACCAGCCACUCCUCUGGGAUACCAUCGGCGUCUCCGAAGACCUGCGCGGAGAAGGACGCCGCAAACGAGCUGCAGAGCAUCCAGCGCCUGGUGAGCGGACUGGAGUCCAGUCAGGACAGGCCCAGGAGUGGAUCCCCUUAACCCACCCACAUCCACAGCCCACCUGCUGCUACUUGUGUCGCUGUCAGGAAAAGUGAACCGUCAUGAGGAUAAUGAAGACUCAUGCAGGUUUUUAACAGAAAAAACUAAAAACUUUUUAGUUUCUGAAAUGCACUUUGUUUAUUACACACCUAAAAUGUAUAUUUCUAUCUCCCUCUCGGCCUUUUCUGUUUUUAUUAAUUUAAACUACACUUAUUUUUCCUGUUAUUUGAAUACCGUACAAGUAUUGAAACUGAAACGCUGGCAUGGGUGUGAUUUAUACAGAUUACGGAGAAGUUGCUGCUGUGUCCUGUCUCCUGUAAGUCGAAAAAAAUGCACUCUGAAUUUAAUUGACUUAUUCACUACCGUUUGGACCUACCUUUUUUGUUUGUCGUUUUUUAAACAAAAUAAAUACUGCUGUAUUUUCUACGCUACGAAUUCAUAGACUGAGCAAUGCAUGCCCUCGAAAAUUAAAAUCUGACUUUUUGUUGUUUUUAUGAAAUACUAAAUUUUCCUUUACUUUUUUCUUUUGAUUAGAUUAACAAUUAAAAAAUUAGUUGUUUUUUUUCCCAAAUAUUCCUAAUUAUUUUGUUUGGGAAAGGUCUACUGAAAGAAUGGUGCUCCGGGACAAACCUAAGGCGCAAGCAUGCGAAAUUAAGGGAAGCAGAAAUUUAAAGUAAAUAUAAAAAAAUAAAAAAAAGAUGAAUGGUAGUAUUGAGCAUUGAUGUAAAUAGGGAUAUAUAAAGAUAUUUAUGUAAUUAUUUGAUAUUGUUAUUGCGUGUAAAUACAACGGAGUAGUUUGUUUCUAGGGAUCAGUUCUUAAUUUAUUGUUAAUAUACUUGUGUAAGGACGAUUUGUGGACUAUUACCCCAUCUGCAUUUAUAUUUCCCUUUAAAACACGGACUUCAUAUCCCAGUCUCCUGUAAAACAUCCACACAGAGAGAUAGUGAUUCACACUCAUGUGCCAUUGUAUUUUCACCUGUCCUUGUGUGUGAAGUGCUACUGUUUAAAGCGAAUGGAAAAGCGACAUGGCACUGCACCAAUGGCUUGAAAAUAAAAAAAAUAUAUAUCUUUUUUCUUUUAUUUGUUUUUUGAGAAGUAUCGUUGAAGUGUGAUAAAAGUGAAUUUCCUUUCUCCUGUUUUAAAAAAAAGAAUCUGAUCGUUUUAUUUUUUUCAAAAAAAAAAGUGCCGCAUAAUCGAAAAUAUGAAGGUUUUCUCUCUCUGUGUCUUUUUUGUGUUACUUAAGUUGUCUGUGGGUUACGUUGUAUUGGAGUUAUGUCUAGUUUACAUCAUCGACAUUGUGUUCUUGAAAGUUUCAAUAAAAAAUAUUGAAAUGUU